UUACCCACCUGCACUGAAUGGCCCCUUCCGCCCGUUGUCAUACCUACACAUUCCUCACAGAAACACACAAUUAUCUCUGUCUGUCUGUCUAUCUGUCUGUCUGUCUGUCUGUCUACAUGAGAAUGUUGCCGUUCGGCAGCUGCUGAGCAUUGUGUUGUCCCAAGAAGGGCGGAUCCAUGUCUUCGCCGAUGAAUGUGAAGUCACUGCGAUAAAUAUGCAGACGUACGUGAGUAAAUGUUGACCCGCGGACACGAGUACCUUGUUUUGCCACCCAUGCGCCACAAAAUCCUGCCCGUCUUCCCGCUCAGCAACACCAGCUGGUUGCAGUUCCGCAUUGUGAUGAGUAUGUUGCCUGCAUUCUUCCAAGCGCGAUGGACAGAUGCAGUACUGGCCUGCGCUGCUGCGACGUACCGUCUGCCGUCCGCUCAGCGUUGUUCGCGUGAUAAAAAUCGUUUGGAAGGUCAGUCUCUUCGGGUAUUGCGGGAUCAGCUUCGUCUAUAAAGUCAUCAAUUGUCCUCCACUCCAAUAGCACAUUUCUGCGACAGCAAUUGCAAAACCUUGUAUCCUUUCCUCCCGUCACAUGCAGCAAUGCCAACCGGGCAGCAUCUAAGACAUGCAGCACUGCAGAAAACCCAAAAGAAAGAAUGGGCGUGCAGGGUGGCGUUACUCAACGAUGUUUCUCUCACUGACCGUAAUGUUGGAUCCCAUUUAUCUCCGUGGGAGACAUAAGUAUUUUAUUGUCGCCGUCAAAGAAGAGAAAAUGAAGGUCCACGUGUAGAUAGCCGUGACCUGCUUGCGCAUAAUGAAUGAGUCUUCAUAUCAUCCGUGGACAGAUUCCACGCACCCGGUUCGUGUCUAUCGACGAUCUGAUAGGUCGAGUUGAGCUCAUACACAAAACGGGCGCUGUCGUUUGUCCUCUUGUCCCAAAGCACCACAUGGCCACUCGGUGUCGCCCCCAACAUGCAGGCCCCGCCGCCAGACCUCCGAGUCCACCACACCAGAUCUCCCUGUACCAGAUACACGAGUGUCAGUGUAUGUGAAAUGUACUUGAGUUUCUGUGUACGUCCAUACCUCGCGCGAAACGAUCAUAAACUGACCGGUCUCCCCAUUCCCCAUCUCCCACCCAGUAGUAAACAAGUAGAGCUCUUUACUAGCACCAAUUUCCUUGUUUCUCCCGCCUAAGGCCGCCUUCUCCCCCUCCGAUGAUGGCCUCCACUUUGCGGCCCAUCUGGGCAAAGUGCGGUAGCGAUCCAUUGGCAACGAGUUUCUGAGCAUGUCCUCUUCAUUGUGUUGAUCUAAAGGCAGGAGCGAUCUCACGGAGUGCCCGAGGCGGCCCGGUGGCCCGGGACGGAGAAAGUCAGACGAUAACGUCGACAUUGCUUGUACGCUCGUCGCCACGGACUCCCCUCGCGUAAGAAAGGUCCAUUCGUAGGGGCUUGUCUCAUGUUCAGUGAGAUUCUCAGAGCGCCGAACGAGGAGGCCGGGACCGAACUUGACACUGACCUUCUCCCCUGGGGCGAAUGGCUGAUCUGCAUGGAACACUAGUGUCUUGUUGUCCCGACCUAAUACAGCUCUCCCCGUCACACGCCCGGUCUUGUCGCCAGUCACGUUGAAGAGGCUGUCCAGGUUGCCCGAGAUGACCUCGUCGCCCUCCCUGACGGCAAUGGACGUCACCUCCGACACGUACAGGGCAUUCGGCCGUGGGUGCAAGUAUUCAUACUGACCAUCUCCAUACGGCCUAACGGCUCCCUCCACAAUGAAGCGCUUCCGAUCCAAUUCGAUUGAGCUUCGAGAGGAGGCAGCACCGCAGAAGGCGAGCGCAGACAGGAGUGUAUACAAGCACAUACUGUCAGUUUGAUAAGUGACAGAUCCCGAGAUUAGCGCCGGAUUAACA